AUGGACACUUGUGAUAACAAAUUGAAUGUUAAUUACCUACUUAAUAAAGACAAAUCGAAGAAAAAAAAAAGAAAAGAAGAAAAAUAUAUUGAAAUUUUUUGCGAAAAUGACUCUGAUUUAUAUUCCCCUUGUAUAGAUAUGGAGGGUGCGUUGUGUGUCAUUUCGGAAAAGGGAGAAAUAUUUAGGUAUAAAUUAGAAAACUCAAAAGGGGAUAGGAAAGGUAUGAACAUAUCAACAGCAGCGUCGUCUUCGGACGAUUCAGAAGAUGGAGAAGAUUCUAAUGAUGAGGAUGAUAUAGACAGUAAAGAAAAUGAUCAAAGUGAUGAACAUGAUGAAAAGUUUUUUGAUUUUAUUCAUGGGGAGCAAGGUGUAAUAAACAUAAGAAAAAAAUCGAACAUUCAGAAAGUGCAGCAAGAGUUAUACAUGAACACUGAUAUUGCAACAGAAUGUUUGUGUGCGGAUAACGAUUAUAACUUCUAUGUUUUUGAUCCUAUGACCGGUGGGUUGAUGGUAAUAAACAAGAAAAAAGAAAUCGAGCUCUAUACAGACGAAUAUGAAGAUCAGUCUUUCAAAGGAGUAAACAAUUUAAUUUACGACAAAAAAAAGAAUCUCUUAUAUGUAGUCGAUUCUGGAAAUAUCAAUGAAGAAAAUAAAUGCAAUUUGUUUUAUAUAAAUAAAGACAUAGAAACCAUGAUAUCUAUAGAUAUACCAAAUAUACCUUACGUUCAUAAUAUAUGUGUAUAUCAGAAGGAUAAUAUAAAUGAUAUAUACGUUUGUCUAACGAAGGAAAAUAAAAUUGUGAGGUUAAUAAAAAAAGGAAAUUCUUACAUUAAAUGUCACUUUCUACACCUAAAUGGGUGUUAUUCACCUUUGUUUAUUUGCACGAAUAAUAAAAAUUUUGUUGUACUACUUAAAGAUUUAAGCGAUUGUGAAAAGAAGGGGAAACUUCUUGAAAUAAAUUCAAAUGCUCAAGUAAUUAACUCCUUCUUUAUGAAUGGAAAUCAAUUUAAUGGUAUAUGUUACGAUGAAAACGUAAAGAAAUAUUUCUUCAUUGAAAAGAAUAUUAUUUAUAUGUAUUAG